UCUGCAGUUCUUGAAACAAAGAUAGCCAAGUUUUCAUGGACUUCAACAGCAACGCAACAUCGUUGGAGCCAUUGGACUUGCUUUCACAGACGUGGUGCAACUCUGCCAUCCAAAUUUUCCAGCCCAUGAUGAAGGCUGGUUCUAAGGAGGUUUUGGGCAACAGUAAGAGCUUAGACCUGCAAAGCAAGAGUAUUGAAGUGGAUGAUGGAGAGCAGAAUUCCAUGGCGCAGUGGAAGCUCGAUGAUGUGAAGUCAUGGAUAUGGCUGCAACAGGCAAUCCACCCAGAAUUGGAAUAUGAUAUUUGCUUCAGAAAGAAAUGGCUCUCCAGAAAGAUCAAUCCUUUGAAGGGGAUAUCAAUAAAGAAAUGGAUCAAGGAGCUGAAGCAAAAAAAGAAAGAAGAACAGCGGCUACACAAAGCUGCGGUCCAUGCAGCAAUAUCAGUUGCAGAGGUUGCAGCAGCAUUGGCAGCCAUUGCAGCAGAGAAUGCAGAACCAGAAAGCACAAAUGCUUUGAAAGAGACUGCUGUAGCAUCUGCAGCUGCUCUUGUAGCUGCACAGUGUGCCAAAGUAGCAGAAGCUGUGGGUGCAAAACAUGAUCAGCUCAAUUCAGCUAUAACUACAGCCAUGACAGUAAAAGACCCAAGCAACAUCAUCACCCUCACAGCUGCUGCUGCAACAUCAUUGAAAGGUGCAGCAACACUAAGAAGUCGGGUAGGUUACAAGGAGAGGAUAAAGGGCAAUGCAAAGACACUUCUAUAUGAAGAGUUUGACUUUGGAAAAUGUAGGGAAUCAUUGGCAAAGGGUGAAGAGCUCCUAUUGGGAAAUCCAGAUGGAAAUUACAGGUUAAGGUGGGUCUCCAUUGUGCAAAACAUUAAGGGAAAAGUUCUACUAAAAGUGAAAAAAAUCAAUGUUUUUAUGGUAUUUUCAAGCACAAAAGAAAGUUUUGUUUGCAGAAUAGAUGAAAACCCUUAUGAAGAGAGUAUUGAAGAGACGAACAAUGCACAUUCGCUUAAAAUGACAACAAGCAAGGGGAAGAUCGAACUAUUAUUUGAUGAUUAUUCACAAUACAAGAAAUGGACAAUGAGUAUAAAUCACAUGCUGAUUCUUUCCACAACCCUUAGCAAUUAUUGAAUACACUUUGUGAAAUUGACAACCGUACUUUUUACAUGUGCAUCUAAAUUGCUUGAAUAAAUUGCUUGAGAAUGCCUCAUCCAGGGCUUGUUAGGUGUGAAGUAAUAUUGUUGCAAUGUAAACUAGACCCCUGCAAAAUAAAUGAGAUCAAAUUGGUUGUAUUUACUUUCAAUAGCAAUGUAAGAAAAUAGCCUAAAAAUAUUUUUUC